AUGCUUUCUGUUCAAGAAAUAAGAGAUGCGCACUUUGCUGCGUCGGCCGGCUACGGUUUGAUGGGCCUCACCUGGACGCCACAGCCGGCUGCUAAGGACCAGGCUUUCGGCGCUUUGGAUAAAGCUAUUGAACUUAAUAAGGCCCCAGUACUUUUUAACGUGGGAGAAUUCUACGGCCCAGACUUCCGCAACCUCCAUUUGGCUCGCGACUAUUUUGCUGCUCGUCCAGGGGCCCGCGAAAAAACCAUUGUCAGCUGCAAAGGUUGCAUUGAUGCCAAGACUCUGACGCCCGUAGGAGACCGCGCCGGUGUUGUAAAAUCGGUUGAAAAUUGUUUGCGCGAGUUUGGUGGCCCCAUCGACGUCUUCGAACCGGCAAGAAUCGACUCUAAGCUUGCCGGAUCCGAGCCAUUCGCCGCGGAGACGUUUGAUACGUUAGUCGAGUUUAUCGAAAACGGAAAAAUUGGUGCCAUCUCUUUGAGUGAGGUCACCGAGGAGCAAAUCCGCGCGAUUGAUGCGAAAUAUCACAAAUACAUUGUCUGCGUUGAAGUUGAGCUGUCGCUCUUCUCCCCACACAUUUUAUCCGAUGGCGUUGCGGAUGCUUGUAAUGAACUAGGCUUGCCCAUCCUAUGUUACUCUCCAUUGUGUCGUGGCCUCUUGACAGGCGCUGUCAAAUCCACCGAAGAUGUCCGUGAUGGAAGUAUCCAGAAGAGACUUAAAAAGUUCAAUGGUGAUGCGCUGGCACAUAAUCUUCUUCUACCCCAAUUCCUGACUCAAGAGAUUGUUGCUAAACGCCAGGACGGUGUAACUCUGCCCCAAGUCGCCCUAGCCUGGGUCAGGUCGUGGAACACCAAGUACCCCAAAACCAACUUUAUCCCGCUUCCUGGAGGCUCCUCCGCGAAGCGCGUGGAGGAAAACUUGACUGAAAAACAUCUCAACCAGCAGGAACUCGACAAAAUCAAUAGUUUUAUCAAAGAGUUUGUCGUCGUGGGAGACCGUUACGAACAUGUAUAA